AUGCCCUCGAAUCCCUUGAAUGUGUUCAGGGGACCCGAUUCUCUAGCGCAGUUCCUUGAUCCAGAUAGCAGCCCACCUCUUCCACUUGUAGAGCUUCCAGGCGCACUUAAUCCUCUGCGAAGGAAGGGAGUCCGCAUAUAUGCUAAGCUCCUCACGCAGCUUCCCGCACAGAAUGUUAAGUCAUUACCAGCUCGACUGACAACCGGAUCAAUAGCGUUGAACAUGCUUCAGAAUGAGCACAAUGCUCAACACCAGCGGAUUGUGGAGGCCAGUUCGGGAUCCACUGUGCUGUCUCAAGCCAUGAUCGCUCGAGCGCUGUGGAACCAUGAAGACGUGCAUGCCUUUGUGACAAAUAAGAAGCAUCCUGACUCACUGAAGCUUCUGAGAUUCUUUGGGAUCAAAGUAAAUCUCUAUGGUGGCCUGGCACAGCAAGAGCCAUAUGACCCCAAAGGCAUAAUGGCACGCCUGAGGAGAUUAGCAGAAACGGACAGCACUGUUUGCUACCCUGGUCAAUACCAUAACGACUGUAACUGGAAAUCCCAUGAACAGUGGACAGGAGCUCAGAUCUGGAAACAGUUACCAGAGGUUCGAGUAUUUGCCUCUACCGUGGGAACUGGAGGUUGCGCUGUGGGCACAGGGUCGUAUCUGAAGUCGAGGAACCCGGCUGUGCAAGUGGUCGGGGUGUGCAACGUAUUUGGGGAUCCAACUCCAGGCCCGCGACAUUUUCCCAACUUCGAAAGCUCGCCAUUUCCGUGGAGACAAACGAUUGAUCAUUUCGAAAGCGUAGCGUCUGUCGACUCUUACCGGACUUCGAUGAAACUUUCUCGAUAUGGCCUGAUCGCUGGUCCAUCGUCCGGAGAGGCUCUGCAUGGUCUCCUGGUGUAUCUAGAAAAGACCAGUGCGAACAAUGGUUUGGACAACCUCAGAGAUCCAGCAACGGGAGAGAUACACUGUGUCUUUGUUUGCGCGGACCUGCCGUAUCAGUACAUGGAUAUGUACUAUAGGAAGCUACCUGCCGAAGAGUUUCCACCAAUCCAAAACGAAGUGAGAUAUGACAUGGAAGAUUUGCUAUGUUCCAGGCCAUCACCGUGCCUCUGCCGGACGCUGCCGGGCGAAAUUCCAGACUUCUCAUCCGGCUCUUGUUCUCUCAUAAGCGACUCAUCGUCCUGCGACUCGUCUGCGGUUUCCCACUCGGUUUUCUCGACACCCCAGAGUCCGGCAGGCCAUGAUUCAGAGCUUCAGGAUUUCAUGGUAUUAGAUCUCCGCCCUGACUCCAUCUUCGGAACCUCGCAUCUACGCCAUUCGUAUAAUUUCCCCCUCCCAAUGAUAAAGGACGAUUUAUUCGGGGACGCGAAGGCGGUGCAACAGCGUUGGAUGCAGCUAAAUGGCCUGUUCAACGAAGAGUCUUGGUUAUGGACGAAUAAACGGGAAAUGCUCGUGCUAUGCGGGGAUGGCGAUUCCAGUCGUAUGGCCACUGCCAUGCUCCGAGCGAAGGGAUGCGAAGCAUACUGUGUGGAGGGAGGAUUCCCCGCGCUGGAACUCACCUACGUGCGGAUGAUUGAUGCUAGAAAGACAGCGGAAGAACCAGCCGAGCAAACCUAA